AAAACAAGGCCAGUUUGUUGUCAAGCAACAAAAUUAUAUGCGAGUCACAGUUUGGAGGGACAAGAAAAACAUUAACUUAUUAUCAACAAACUGUUUUGGUGAACCCGACAAAGUCAAUCGUAAGCAAAAAGAUGGUACCAUCAAAGAGGUACCUUGUCCUCUGUCAGUCAAACAUUAUAACAUGUUCAUGAAUGGGGUAGACCAUGCAGAUCAGUUGAGGUCUACCUACAAUAUCUCCAGAAAGAGCUUGAAAUGGUGGAAAUACCUCUUCAACUUCCUUGUGGACAUCAGUAUUGUCAACGCAUACCUUCUUAUGAGGGAGUCUGUCAAUCACCAAAUAGUGACAAAAAAGAACAGGCCGCGUCAAAUGACUAAGCUCGAGUUUAGAAUGAAACUAGCUCACCAAAUGCUAGGACCAUUUCAUAGGAAAGGAAACAGUCGAUCCAAGACCAGUACUCCAACCACGUGCUCACAAAAUAUAAUUAGAAAGGAACCCAAAACUGGGUGUGCUCAGUGUAAUGUAAAUUUGUGCAUAGAAUGUUUUAGGCCAUAUCACAGGAAAUUAUUCCCACAGUUGUUUGUGUAA